GUCUUGUAUAGUUCAUGAUGUCUUUCUUUCAAAGCCAUUCACCUUAGAAUUCAUUCAAGCUGGUGAAUGUAACAACCUGGAAACAGCCUUCACUUCACCUUUCUUUGCCUAUUUUAUUAAGACCUGCAGACUGCCUCAGGAAAACUUCUCCUCCUCCUUCAAUCUGUCGCACUUCCUUGCGCUCUCACUCACUAUCUGCCAUCCUCUGCGCGAUGCCCAAAAACGAACUGAAGAUGGAGGACUACCCUGCUCACUGGAGAGCUACUCUCAUGGGUGAGGCGUUCUGGAAAGACGCUGAGGAAUACAACCAGCCCAUCAGUGACAGUAUUGAUGCGCACUCCCAUCCCUCCCUCCUCUCCAGAUUCCCCUUCAACAUCGGCUCUGAACAGCCCAGCAUCUCACACCAUCAUCACCAUAACCAUCAACCCCAGCUCCAACCCCAAUCCUCAUCUCCAGACGACAAGCGCCGCCGACGCUUCAGCACCAGCGACGCCCUGAGAUCCUUCGCAUCAAGAGCAUCCAGUCCGUUCCCUCCCCCUAACGCCUUCGACCUCCGCAGAGGCCGUUCGCAAUCCCGUGCCCUAUCCCCUUCGAAACCCCGUCGCUCAAGCUCCAUCCUCCGCUCAACCUUCAACAUGCUGAGCGGCAAGAUGUCCGAGCCCGCGGACCCAGAGACCAAGCGUGCUCGCAUCCCCGCCAACCAGGCAACGCCCACCCACCCGCUGCUGAACUUCCGCGGCGGAGACACCUGGGCAUGUCUGGACAAGGGACGGCGGAGUCUCGGCUUGGAUGUGUUUCUCCCUGUGGAUAUCGUGCAGAGAGCAGAGUUUGAUAUUCUCCCGGCCAGGGAACUUGAGCCAUUGGCCCAGUUCCGUAAGCUGCGGUCGUUGAAAAUCACCGGCAUGAUGCAGUCCUAUCAGAAGGAGAUCUGGCAGGUUGCGUGGUUGAAUGUGGAGCUGGAGGAGCUGGAGCUGGGCAUGGCGCUGAAGGCGCGCAUUCGUCGUCCCUGGGUCGAACAGUGGCCCUAUAUCAAGGGUGGGUGGACGAUGAGCAAGAUGACCUAUGGCGAGCCUGUUUACUACGGCACCGCCCUCUCGACCGGCACGCUGCACCGCAAAAUCGGCUGCGGCGAAUACCUCGACAAGAUCGUGAUGGAGAAAGCGAAGAUCUGCGCCCUCGCCAUCGGCCGCUGCCGACAGCGUCUCUCGAUCAAGACCCUCAAGCUGACCGGCUUCGUGGUGGACGCCGACCCCUUCCUGCACUGGUUCGACCCCAAGCGUCUCAAGAGCAUCCACUUCGUCGAUUUCUGCGUCGACGCGGGCUUCUAUCUCUCUGCGCCCAUGGCGAAGGUGUCGGUGGUGUUUCCGCGCGAGAUUCACGAGGCGGCGCUGGCGGGCAGGAUGACGAGUAUGUAUGGUGAUUUGAAGGUUGUGAGGUUGGAGGGGGGGAAGAAGGUGGGUGAGAUUAGGUACAGGGGGCCGGAGAGUUUGAAG